AACUACAACAACAACUCCCAUUUUUGCCUUGCAAAGAGUUUGGGAGCACAGGUAGCGGGAUAUCAAAACAAAUCUGAAUAGUAAAUCCUGUACCUUUCAAUUGCAUGAUAGUAACAUUAUUUACAACGUGAUAAAGAUGUACUAACAUUAUUUGGCGUAAUAACGUCAUUGUCAUUUUUCAUUUUUUUCUUUCUAACGGUAUUAUUGAAAUGGUUCUCGGCCUUGAUCGAUAGUUAGCUGACUAAAGCUAACGUUGGUUAGUUGACGUUAAAUUGUAAUAUUUUCACAAAUUACAAGGUACCGUUUAUUCGUAAAUAAGUGGUUCUACCUGUCAUUCGAUACUUCACUCGGUUUGUGUGGCAAAGACACACAUAGGUUUCUCAUACAAGUUUGGUAAUAUCGAGGCAUCAGAAUGAGAGGUGGCUCGUCGUAUGGAGACAGGGACCGAGACCGAGGACGCGACAGGGGCAAGACAUCACUUCAUUAAAUCAUCAUCACUGAUUAUCUCAUGUGAAAGGCCUCGGUUUGGCUCUAGCCGCGCCCGCUCACCUCCAGGGUCAAAGAAAUUCGGCAAUCCAGGCGAGCGUCUUCGUAAAAAGAAAUGGGAUUUGGAUGAACUUCCAAAAUUUGAAAAGGAUUUUUACACUGAGUAUCCUGAAGUCCAACGACUGAGCCAGUAUGAGAUUGAGGAGUUCCGCAGGAAGAAAGAAAUCACUGUAAGAGGCUCAGGCUGCCCGAAACCUGUCACCAGCUUCCAACAGGCCCAGUUCCCACAAUAUGUGAUGGAGGUCCUGAUGCAGCAGAGCUUCAAGGAGCCCACUCCCAUCCAGGCCCAGGGCUUUCCACUGGCUCUCAGUGGUAGGGACAUGGUGGGCAUCGCUCAGACUGGAUCAGGGAAGACCCUUGCGUAUCUUCUUCCUGCCAUCGUACACAUCAACCACCAGCCUUAUCUGGAACGAGGAGAUGGACCCAUUUGUUUGGUUCUGGCCCCAACUCGUGAGUUGGCCCAACAGGUCCAGCAGGUGGCUUAUGAGUAUGGCAAAUCCUCACGCAUCAAGAGCACUUGUGUAUACGGAGGAGCGCCCAAGGGCCCACAGAUUCGUGAUCUGGAGAGAGGAGUGGAGAUCUGUAUUGCAACGCCGGGGCGACUCAUUGACUUCUUGGAGGUGGGCAAGACCAACCUGCGUCGGUGCACCUACUUGGUGCUGGACGAGGCUGACAGAAUGCUGGACAUGGGAUUUGAGCCCCAGAUUCGUAAGAUCGUUGACCAGAUUAGGCCUGACCGACAGACCCUCAUGUGGAGUGCCACCUGGCCAAAGGAGGUCCGUCAGCUGGCCGAAGACUUCCUGCGGGACUACGUGCAAAUCAACGUGGGCGCCCUAGAGCUCAGCGCCAACCACAACAUUCUGCAGAUUGUUGAUGUGUGUAUGGACAGCGAAAAGGAAAGCAAGUUGCUUCAGCUGAUGGAAGAGAUCAUGGCGGAGAAAGAGAACAAGACCAUUAUCUUUGUGGAGACCAAGAAGCGCUGUGACGACUUGACGCGACGCAUGAGGCGAGAUGGAUGGCCUGCUAUGUGUAUCCAUGGUGACAAGAGUCAGCCUGAAAGAGACUGGGUGCUGUCAGAGUUCCGCAAUGGAAAAGCCCCCAUUCUCAUUGCGACUGAUGUGGCUUCUCGUGGUUUGGAUGUGGAGGAUGUAAAGUUUGUCAUCAACUACGACUAUCCCAACUCGUCGGAAGACUAUAUCCACCGCAUUGGGCGCACAGCCCGUAGCAACAACAAGGGCACAGCCUACACCUUCUUCACCCCCGGCAACCUGCGCCAGGCUCGGGAGCUGGUGCGUGUGCUGGAGGAGGCCCGGCAAGCCAUCAACCCCAAACUCCUUCAGCUGGUGGACUCUGGCCGUGGGAGUGGAGGAGGAGGGAGGUCUCGUUUCCGGGGCAGCAGCUCCAACUCCAACAACCCCAACCUGAUGUACCAGGAGGAGUGUGACCGCAGAAUGCGCUCGGUCGGCGGUGGCAGCAAGGACAGCCGCGGGGGCGGUGGCUCAAGCAGCGGAUUCAGCCGCGACGGGAAGCGCGACGGGGGCGACCGCUCCUCCUCCUCGUCCUACCGCGACCGUGGCGGCAGGGAUGGGCGCGGCAGCGACAGCUCCGGCUCCAACUCCUACAGCAGCAACAGCAGCCAGUACGGCAGUUACAGCAGCGGUGGAGGAGGCAGCCAGUACAACUCCAGAGAUGGCUCUCAGUCAGGGGGCGGCUCAGCAAGUGGAGGCGGAGGGUCUGAUCAGACCAGCCAGUCCCAGAGCCAGUUUGGGAAUGUAGGGGGCAGGUCGGCCAACCCCCCUCCACCUCCCACAGGGCCGCAGCCCCUCAUGGCCCAGCAGUUCUCACCCCCUCAACCAAUAAUGGGCUUCAUGGGUCAGGGGGGGCCCUACCAGUUUGCACCGCCGCCACCUGCACCCCCGCCAAGGAAGUGAUGAUAUUUGGAGAUGACUUCAAGUGAGGCGUUUAGUUAAGCUGUGAUGAUGCCACGGGAUCCACAACUGAGUGUAUUGAACAUUCUGACAUUCCACCAGGUCCUUGUUUUGCAUAUCUCCUGUACCCUGAAAUGUAUCUGAGUGCCCGCAGUGCAGAACCCUAAAGUAGAUAAUAGCAUUCCAGAGGACAUAGUGAUGCUUCUCACAGAGUUGUACUUCCUUGUGUUGCAGAGCCAGAGUUCGUACCAUACAUAAACAUCUAGGUCCCCAACAUUCUGAUCAUGAUGUGCGCAGUUAUCCACAGUAUUCUCAUGGUUUCUUUGCUUUGAGUGACCCUGUUGACAAAAGGUGAGGUUGUGUAAAAACACAUGUUUAUUUAGAAGAGUAGGGAAAUGUAGUUCAUGAGCAGACACCAGCUGUAUUUUGUAGUUUGGCUGCAUUUUUGUUUUGCAAGCAUUCAUCAGAUUUGGUCUAGAGAUGAUUUUUUUUUUUGGCUCUGCUGUUGCAUAAAAUGUUUUGAAACCUUUGAACUGAAUAAGCGUAUUAUUUUGUCCUUUAAGAAUGUACAGAGGUAGGGGAUGCACAUGGGUAUGUCUUUUAUUUCCUUAGGUUCUGCUCUUUUGGUGCAAUAUAAAAAAAUCUGAACAUUGGCAUUUGUAAAAUGGUCUGGUGUUUGUUUGUGUUUUGGUGUUUGGUGGUGUUUCUGGAUGACCAUGAGACGUUCAUAUUGAAUCAGAAUGACAUGAUCGCAGAGGAUCAUUUCGAGAUUGAUUUGUACCUUCAGUUACUAAUACAAAAACAAUAAUCAAUCUUUUUCAUCUUUACUUCUUUACUGCUGUAUUUGAUUUAAUAGAGAUGUUGUGGAUGUAGAGUGUGCAGUUGUGCAAUUUUUUCAGCCCCAAUUGUUUCCUCUGACCAUGAGGAUAUACUGCACAGCCUAGGGUGAUCUCUUUUUUCCAGUUAAAUCUCCUACCAAUUGAAGAACAGCUUUGUAACCAACUUUGACUAUGUUCUUACAUUUUUUAUCCUCAGUUAUGUGUCUUUUUUUUUUCAGAUUUAAAUAAAGAUUUCCACCAAGCUA